AUGAGAGAGAAGCACAUUUUCUGUAGCAGUAGCCUAGUAGAGGGGUUGAAGCCAGUGAUGAUGAUGUUGCUGGUUCAGGCGGCAUAUACAGGGAUGAAUAUAUUUUACAAGAUGACAACAGAAGUUGGAAUGAAUUUGACUGUCCUUGUUGCCUAUAGGAACAUGUUUUCUGCGGCCCUUAUGGUUCCUGCUGCUCUUAUAAUUGAAAGGAAGAGCAGGCCGAAACUUACAUUAGCUAUACUCUUUCAGGCUUUUAUCUCAGGAUUAUUGGGGGCAACAAUAUCACAAAAUUUUUACGUACAGAGCGUAGCCUUAACAUCAACGACAUCUGCUACGGCCAUCACUAAUCUUGUUCCAGCCAUCACCUUCGUUAUAGCAAUAUGUUUCAGGUUGGAGAGGUUGGCACUUGGAACGCAUGCAGGGAGGGCAAAGGCUGUGGGGACACUUGUGGGAAUAGGAGGGACAAUGGUCUUCACGUUUUACAAAGGGAAAGAAAUUGCCAUCUGGUCAAAACAUGUCAACCUUUUACAUGACUAUACCCAUCAAAACAGCCACGUGGCGUCAUCACAUAGAAACACUGGCAGUCAAUUGUUGGGCUCCUUCUUGGCACUCGGGUCUAGCACAUCCUUUGCAUUGUGGUUGGUAUUUCAGGCGAAAGUGAGCAAGACAUACCCUAGCCAAUGCCAUUACUCAAACACCGCUCUGAUGUCUUUAAUGGCAUCAAUUCAGUCCGUAGCUUUUGCACUAUGCAGGGGGAGGGAUUGGAGCCAAUGGAAGCUGGGUUGGGACAUCAAACUUCUUACUGCUGUAUAUGCGGGGGUCGUGACCACCGGACUUGUAUUUACUGUAAUUGCAUGGUGUGUUCAGAUGCGGGGCCCAUUGUUUGUGUCGAUUUUUAACCCACUUUGCUUUUUGCUGGUAGCCCUUUCUGGGUCUUUGUUUCUGCAUGAAAAGUUAUACCUCGGAAGCAUAUUAGGAGGAAUGCUAAUUGUGUGUGGGUUAUACAUGGUGCUGUGGGGUAAAAACAAAGAGAUGAAGAUGAUGACUCAACUACCAUCAAUAAGGUUUCAAGAUCAGUUAAGAUGUGACAACAACAAUACAAAUGUCGCGCCUAAUGCACUUUCCAUCUCAAAUGCUCCUACGGACGCUACUCGAACAACAAAUUGA